UUAUUUUUCUUUGAGAGCGCUAUCAAAAUGGUCAAUUCUGUAGCUUAUGGCCCUGAAGAAGGCGAAGACGCCGAAAUGUCAGCCAAAAUGAAAGUUAUUGACAAUCUUGGUUAUGGCUAA